AUGGAACAGAGCACACCACCCCCCUCGCCCCGAGUAAUCAUCAUCGGCGGCGCCAUAACAGGCCUCACGCUCGCGCGCUGCCUGGAGAAAGCCGGAAUCGACUACGUGCUGCUAGAAAAGCACAGCGAUAUCCUAACGAACCUCGGCGGAACCCUGGCGCUGCUUCCAGCGGGCUGCCGCGUGCUCGACCAACUAGGUGUAUUUGACCUUCUUGAGGAGUGUAGGAGCGACUUGCGCGGGCUGGUCACUGCGCUUCCGGACGGGUAUGUCUAUCGAAAGGAGACGUUUGGGUUGUUUGGGCCGAAGCUCGGCUACCCACUUACAUUACUCCGCCGAAGGGACCUCCUCCAUGCGCUCUAUACCUCGCUAGAGGAUAUGUCAAGGAUUCGGCUCGGCGCUAAGGUUGUGGACAUAGCCCCGCGAGUGGCGUCUGAGCCAGAUGGGCCGUUGUGUGUUACAACUGACUCUGGCGAGGUAUAUACGGGCGAUAUUGUCGUAGGCGCGGACGGGGUUCAUGGGGUCGUGCGCGAGCACAUGUGGCGUAUAGCUGGGCUCCAACAGACCCCUAGAGGAAAGGGGAACCAGGUACGGACGGAGAAAGGGGCAAUGACGGUGGACUACUACACGAUCCUGGGAGCCACGCCGGCGGCCGAGUCAAGGCUGACGGAGAUGAUCCAGCCGGGCGACAUGCACAUGCGGUGCGACAAGGGCGUACUCCUUACUUUAAUCGCGAAUUCAGACGGUUCGGUGAAUUGGUUUGUGGCAUUCAAGAUGGAUCGGACUCGUGUGUAUCCGGAUCUCCCGGAGAAACUCUCGCAGGAGGAAAUCAGGGCUACGCUGGAAGAGUAUGCGGAGUGGAAGGCGUGGGAUGGCGGUGCUGAUUCCAGCGACAUUACUUUGGGGGCCCUGUGGAGAGUGAGUCCGUGGGUGUCGGCAACGCACUUGCAAGAGGGACUCUUUGAUACCUGGUCUUCCGGACGCAUUACUUGUAUCGGUGACACUGUAUUCAAGUUCACGCCUAAUCUUGCACAGGGCGCGAAUCUGUGUAUCGAGUCGGCAGCUGCUCUCGCCAACGCUCUGUAUGGGAUGAAGUCCUCGGGCAAUGCAACAACCACAGCCAUCCACGAGGCGCUGACCCUAUAUCCAAAACCCCUACAAAGCAGGAUCAAGCAGCUUUGUCUAAUCUCAUACCACACGACGCGAGUCCACCUUCUGGAUUCGAGCUUCCUGUGGUACGUGGCCCGCUAUAUUCUACCCUAUGUCAUGGAACCUUGGGUCCAGUAUGGUGUUUUCCUGAGGGAGCAUGGGAUGGCGGUUAUGCUGGACUACCUGCCGCGCCCGGAUCGGGACAAGAGGGCUGCCGAGGAGCGGGCGAGGGGCUGGCGUAUGUGGAGGGUGGUUGGGAAUACUGCUCUUGGGAUGGUCUUGGGGAUUGGUGCGUUUUGUUCGUUCUGGUUACGGUAG